AUGCUGUUUGUUGUUGUGUUUUUGGUGCCUUUCUGUAUUGCCUACUUUGUAGUUAGCAAUAUACGACUUCUACAAAAGUACAGGCUAAUAGCAGGAGGAAUUAUAUGGAUGCUUUUCAUUUAUUUCUUCUGGAAAAUCGGAGACCCUUUUCCAAUUCUCAGCGCCCAACAUGGAAUAUUAUCAAUUGAACAAGUUAUAAGCAGAGUCGGUGUCAUUGGAGUGACAGUUAUGGCUCUAUUGUCAGGCUUUGGUGCCGUGAAUUGCCCGUAUACCUACUCCUCCUAUUUCUUACGCCAUGUAACCGACGACGAUAUACAUACAAUGGAAAAAAAGCUGCUUCAAACGUGCGAACUCAUUGUUAAUAAGAAGAAGAGAAUUUCAGUCGCUCAGCAAAUGAACUCGGCAAAUCGUGAUGCAGAUGUUAGAAGUGGUAUAUGGGCAAGGUUUCGAAGCGCUGCUACUACGCAGCUGCCUGUGUCAAGUGAAAACAUCACACAGCUUCAACAAGAUGUUAAAACUCAUGAAGAAUUGAGCAGGCAGUUGUUUCUUGAGACUGUGGACUUGCAUGCUACCAAGGAGAGGAUACAAUACUCAAAGACAUUAAAAGGAAGAUACUUUAACAUUCUUGGCUACUUUUUCUCACUGUACUUUAUGAUUGUGACAUCAAUAAGGGGGUUGUUGAUCACACUUACCAAGUUCUUCUAUGCGAUUUCUAGCAGCAAGUCAUCUAAUAUCAUAGUGAUGGGUCUUGCACAAAUAAUGGGAAUGUACUUCGUGUCAUCUGUUCUACUGAUGAGAAUGAAUAUGCCCGAGUCUUAUAGGACAAUUAUAACAGAAGUACUCGGCGAAUUACAAUUCCAGUUCUACCAUCGCUGGUUUGAUGUUAUAUUCCUUGUCAGUGCUUUAAGCAGCAUUGGCUUCUUAUAUCUUGCUCAUAAACAAGCACCUGAAAAACACACUGUCAGAGAGUUACAUUUAUCCAGUGCAUUUACUUAG